AUGUCCUUAGGACAUAGUUUCAAACGCGCAGGCCUAUUCUCUCUGUGCCUGAUUGCUACAGGUACCCUUGUCACUGCAGGGCCCUGCGACAUCUACUCCUCCGGCGGCACUCCGUGCGUCGCGGCGCACAGCAGCACUCGCGCCCUUUACAGCUCUUACAGUGGCCCACUCUAUCAAGUAAAACGCAACUCUGAUAGCGCUACGACCAAUAUUUCCCCGGUAUCAGCUGGCGGAAUUGCCAAUGCUGCUGCUCAGGAUUCUUUCUGUUCCGGGACAACUUGCCUUAUUUCGAUUAUUUAUGACCAGUCUGGUCAUGGAAAUCACCUUACGGCCGCUCCUCCGGGUGGCUUCAGUGGUCCGGGGCCUAAUGGCUACGAUAAUCUAGCUAAUGCCGCUGCUGCACCUGUGUAUCUGGGUGGGCAAAAGGUAUACGGCGUUUAUAUUGCACCCGGUGAUGGCUACCGGAACAAUGCCGCAAAUGGCACAGCUACGGGUGAUGGCGCAGAGGGCUUAUAUGCCAUCUUUGACGGGACACACUACAAUGGCGGCUGCUGCUUUGAUUACGGUAACGCCGAAACUAGCAGCCGUGAUACUGGCGCUGGCCAUAUGGAAGCUAUCUACUUUGGUAACUGCAAUGUUUGGGGCACGGGCUCCGGCAAUGGACCCUGGAUUAUGGCAGACCUCGAAAAUGGUCUCUUUUCUGGUGCCAGUGCUGGUAAAAAUACUGGCGAUCCAUCCAUUUCAUACCGAUUCGUGACGGCUGUCGUUAAGGGAGAGGCAAACCAGUGGGCGAUCCGAGGUGGUAACUCUCAAUCCGGCUCACUGUCCACAUUCUACUCUGGCGGUCGUCCAUCUGGUUACAACCCGAUGCACAAAGAAGGUGCUAUUAUCCUUGGAAUUGGUGGUGAUAACAGCCACGGUGCUGAGGGCACGUUUUACGAAGGUGUGAUGACUUCGGGAUAUCCAUCUGAUGCCACUGAGAACUCGGUCCAGGCCAAUAUUGUGGCCGCCAAAUACGGGACCUCGGCUUCUUCUGGUACAACUACAACGGGAACAGGAACCCAGCCAUCAUCUGGAUCUGGCCAGGUGCACUGGGGCCAGUGUGGUGGCAGUGGGUGGACCGGCCCUACAAGUUGUGAAGCGCCGUAUGCUUGUCAGACGCAGAAUCCGUACUAUGCUCAGUUUGAUGGAUUUCCAUGGGAGACUCGCGAAUACCUAGGUAUUCUUUCAGUUGCGCUUCAGAGAAGAGUCACUUUGUGA